UUCGGUCAGUGAUUCCUGGUCUAAAAUCAUUGCUGCCAUGUGAGGCUGUCUCUAUAGCAACUCCAGAUCGUGCAGUGAACCACCCACCUCUGUGACCCUCCAGUUUAGCAUCUUGUAGUACACACUAUAAGUCAUUAUGCCUUCCUCACAUUCACAAUCCGAUCUGGAAAAAGCCUACGUCUCCAUAAUGAGAGGAAUAAAACAGCUGGAUUUCCGUGGUUCCAAUGUCCCGUGUGACCUGGUUUUAACUGGAGACCAUGCGUUUCCGUUGGCGAUGAACAGUCACGGUCAAGUACUUCUAGCAGCUUCUAUGUACGGUUCAGGUCGCAUUGUUGUCCUAGGGCACGAAAGUUUUUUGGGUACGCAGCCAGCUUUGGUUGAGAAUGCUAUAAAUUGGCUGAACCAGGGGAAAUCACAACCUGUUGGUGUUCAUGUGUAUUCCAAAGACGUUGCAGAAAAGCUCAAUUCUAAAUUCCAGUUUCAAGUGAUGAAUGAUUUUAGCAAUGGUCAGGGCAUUGGGGUGUAUGUAACGGAUGCGUACAGCGUAGAGGGGAAAGCCAAAGACAUUAUAGAGUUUAUGAAAUGUGGAGGAGGGGUGCUGAUCGCGGGGCAGGGCUGGUCAUGGGCAUCGCAACACCCCAGAGACAACACGCUGCUGCAGUUUUCGGGGAAUAAAGUGUCCGGAGUGACUGGAGUCUACUUCUCCAAACACACAGCAGACGCAGAGAUCAUGCCGGUCUAUCCCCAGAUCCCUGCCUCUUGGAUGUCUGUUGUAAUUGGGAGGGAUUUUGAGGACGACCUGGACUUCUUGCUCCAGGGCAUCUCAGAGUUUGACCUGAUGAAUGGCGUGGUGGCGUCUGAGAUUCUGAUCCAUGGAUCUCUGGCCUUCCCCAUCGGGACCACCCCAGAUGGACGAGCUUUUCUGGCCGGAGCCUACUAUGGACAGGGGAGAGUGGUGGUGAUCUCACAUGAAGGACUGAUGAAAAGAGAGACUCUUGCCCCCUUCUUCACCAAUGCCCUGCACUGGCUGGACGAGGGCAGGCAGGGUGUCAUCGGAGUUGUGCCAGAGCUGAACGAGGCGUACGAAGUCUUCAAGAAAUUUGGCCUUAACUGUGAGAAGACCAAGCUUCGUAAGGACCUGAGUGUGUAUGUGUGCACGACCUACAAGGAAGACGAGGUGCAGCAGAUCCAUGAGUUUGUGGCUGAGGGAGGAGGCCUGCUACUGGGAGGACACGCAUGGCACUGGGCCCAUAGUCACAAAGACAAGAAUUAUAUGACUGAGUUUGCAGGAAACAAGAUCUUGAACAAAAUGGGCAUGACUCUGUUGGAGAAGUACAUUACAGAUGGGGCCUAUAAGCCUCCAGUUCCCAGCCAGGCCAUCAAAAACACGUACCACUUCAGACACGUCCUGCAUAAGUUUGCUGGUCAUGUGACUAAAGGCGAGCAGCUGGCUAAACACGAAGAAGAGUGGCUGACCAAACUGAGCCAAGACUGCACUACCUACUUACGACUGGACUCAAGCAACAACAACUACAAGCAGAUCCUCAGCACCUUCACAGAGUUGAUUAAAACAUGUGGAAUGCCACAGGCGUGUGAGAGCUGCCCUGUGAAAACUCCCAAAGACAAGUUUUUGUUGCAUGUUGGCACAGAGGUGUAUAAGGUCUGCCCAAACAAAGAAGAACUUUUGCCCUAUCUCAUCAGAAACAACCCUCUGCUACCGGUCAUUUACAACCACAGGAUCAACGUAAACGUAGACACCGCAGAUGGAGAGGAGUGGGUGAGCACUGGCCUAUAUCUGUCUCCUGGGAUGAAAACCUACAUUUCCAUACCAGCAAGCAUUGUCGACAAGGGCUGGAAGGUGCAGAUUGGAUGCCAAACAGACAGUCUUGUGAAUGCUGCAGAGUUGAAGAGAGCUCCAUGUGUCUGUGAGAGGUUCCCAGUCACUUCAGAGAUGAUGCAGGUGCAUAACCUUUGGGGCGGGCUCAUUUACCUGGUGGCUCCACCUAAAACUCAGGUGCAAGGAGCGGAGGUCGUAGUUCAAAUGGCCGUACCUGCUCCAUACUACAAAUCAGGAGUGACGUCCCUGUUAGACUGGCAGCUGCUUCGUAUGGCGCCCUCUCCCUGGGCAGAGCUGGAGUUUGAGAACAUCAUCCUGGCUGUGCCCUCUGAGGUGGUGCGGAACCUGGAGCGCCCUGAUGAGCUGGCAGCUCUCUGGGACAGGAUCAUGAGGGGCAUUGCAGACCUUGCUGCUAUCCCACCCAAGUUUAAAAGGAAGGAGCGGUUUGUCUGUGAUGUGCAGAUCUCACAUGGCUGGAUGCAUGCGGGCUACCCCAUCAUGACUUUCAGCGAACCUGCUAAAACUAUCGUCAAUGCUCAACACAUAAAAACCAAACCUAUUUGGGGCUUCAUCCAUGAACUGGGCCACAACCAGCAGAGAGCAUGCUGGGAAUUCCCUCAUCACACGACUGAGUGCACAUGCAACCUGUGGUCUCUGUAUGUGCACGAGACUGUGCUAGGAUUCCCAAGAGAAGAGUGUGAGCCAGCCAUGCAGAUGGAGAAGCGUCGUAAUCGGAUAAAGGAGUAUGUGAAAAGUGGUCGAGACCUCGCGCAGUGGAACACUUUUGUGGCUUUUGAGACUUAUGUCCAGCUUGUAGAGAGGUUUGGCUGGGAAUCCAUUAAAAAGGUAUUCGCUGCCUACCACACAAUGACCAAUGUGCCCAACAACAACAAAGACAAGAUGAACCUGUAUUGUGUGACCUUCUCUGAGAUUGUGGGCAUGAAUCUGAGCGGGUUUUUCAAGGCCUGGGGUUGGCCAAUAGAGGGCGCCACUGAGCAGAAACUCUCCAGAUUGCCAGCCUGGACCGACCACCCCAUGACCCAGUACAAGUGAUAGUUGUUGAAAACUUUGUAAAACUGGUGUUGGGUUUGAAAUCUACAGACAAAUUUCACAUGAUAGAUAAUAAGACAUGAUAAGAAAUGGUAUAAAAAUGUUGCAUGGUCUAGUUUGUUUUUCCGGCACUAUGUAACUUUUCUAGUGGAGGAUUUGCUAUUUUGUACCAAGAAGAUUUCACAGUAUGGCAUUAAAUUUAUGCACUAGUGUAUCUCCAUGAAGACACGCAGAAUCUGUGGACUGUACAAUAUUUUUUGAGGUAUUUUUGAACACGAAAAACACCCAUAAUGCUAUAAAUCCAGGUAAAGCAAUAACAUACGGAGAAAAACAGUGCCCCUCACCAGAAAAAUUACAUAGUGCACCUUUAUUUAAAACAACUGUUAACUGUUGGAAACAAAAUAAAAAACAAAAAAAAAAAAAAACAAGGUUGCUGUACCAAUCAAACGUUGCUUGGUUAGGGGACUGAACUGUUAUUUUUUGUCAUCAACAUUCUUAUAAUAAAAAGAACAUAGAAUAUAAUAUAGUAGCUUUAAAGUAAGUAGAAAAUUACACCAAGUGCUCCUCACUCAUAGUCCAUGGAGAUUUAAGCCACAUCAUUUCAUUCUUGGUUGGGGAGGGCAUCAGAGUAACUAUAAUGGUGCACCGUGGACAAUGCCUAAUUAGUCACAUCAAACACUCACCCAUACACAAUACAAUACAAACAAUACACACAACCACUGUGUUGAGAUGGACUGAGAGUGUAGUUUAAUGCUACAGCUAAUGCAUGACAGACUCAAAAGUUUUCUUUCCAAGAGCAUAACAACAGCGUGGGAAUGUGCCUUAUGCUCCUGUACUCUAAUAUGGGAGUUUUUUUAGGCCUACUAUAUCAGUUACCAUCACUACAAAUCUACUUAACUGGUGGACUUAGGCCUGUCAGUAUUAGAUCAACUUAUUACUCAGUAAAUGAUAGUGUGUAUACUCAGGUGACCAGAUUUUCAAAAAUAAAAAUCUGGGACAUCCCUGUUUUUGUUGGUAGUUGGUAACAAUAAAAUUGUGAAACAAGUGCAUAAAAAAGAUUGUUAUGCAGAGACCAUUCGUGACUAACAUGUGAGCCAGUAUAGUCACAUUUUCUGUUUUGGUCAUUUUUAAGCAGCGUUUAUAUUUAUAAUAUUUUACCUAAACUCUCUUUACUGUUGGAAGGUAUCAAAUUGAUCAAAAAUAGGGACACCUGGGACAUUUCUUGUAUAAAACUGAGGCAAAACAAUGGUUUUGGAUGAAUCUGCUGGGACAGGAGAUACAGGGCUCAAAACUGGGACUGUAAAUAAAAUGUGUUUCCCCAGUUUCUCACCUUCCACGUUGGUUGGUCUCUCUCACCCUCAUCCAGCUCGGGUGACUGCAGAUGUGAAUGCAGCACUGAGAGCAAUCCCUACCACAAGGUAUAAGCAAAGUUAAUGAAACACAGCCAUUUUACUCAUCAAAACAGUGAAAAACAGUGAACUGUUAAAUGUGCCUGGUAAUCCAUGUAUAUCUAGUAAUGUGUUAUGAUUUUGAUUACUAUUAAGGGACUAAUAUAUUUACAUGACCAGGUCUUUUUAUUCCGUUAUAUUUUUAUUUUUUAUUUUACAGAGUCCCAAUCGGUUUCUGCCCACUAGGUUUUAUGAUCUGUACUUUUCAUAUAGUCUCAGCAGAGUUCUGUUGACUAUGUAAACAAUUAUUUUGCAGUUGGAUUUCACAGACUUUGUUAAGAGAAUUAUGUUUAUAGAAUUUAAACUUACAUGGAGAUAGAUGUAACAUCUCCAUGGAGACAAACAAUAUGUUAACACAAGACAUGUGAAAUGUUCAAACAUGAACAUGAAGGUUCAGAUGAGAUACAUCACGUGUUUAGGCUAAACAGGAGCUAAAGUCUAAGUGAUGUGUCUUCUGAAUUUCUUUAUUUUUUUCUCACUGUGUGUUAAAAUAAAAGGCCCAUGUUCAGCA